CUCCUUCUUCCUCAUUUUUCAUUGAAAUGUAUAUUUUCAACAAGAAGGCGUCUUCAUAAACGCCUUCGUCGUCUCCGUUUUCGAUCUUCUUCUUCUGCUUCGUUCGAUCGUGUUUUCUUGUUGUUGUUCUUAGAUUUUUGCUUUAGGCUGCGUUGUUUUUUUGGCCGGAGAAAAAUGAGGGAGUGCAUUUCGAUUCAUAUCGGUCAGGCUGGGAUUCAGGUCGGCAAUGCAUGCUGGGAACUGUAUUGCCUUGAGCAUGGAAUUCAGCCUGAUGGCCAAAUGCCGAGUGACAAGACUGUAGGCGGAGGCGAUGAUGCCUUUAACACCUUCUUCAGCGAAACAGGGGCAGGAAAGCAUGUUCCUCGUGCUGUUUUCGUUGAUCUUGAGCCUACUGUCAUUGAUGAGGUGAGGACUGGAAUAUACCGCCAAUUGUUCCAUCCUGAACAGCUAAUUAGCGGCAAGGAGGAUGCUGCCAACAACUUUGCUCGUGGCCAUUACACCAUCGGCAAGGAGAUUGUUGAUCUCUGUUUGGAUCGCAUUAGAAAGCUCGCUGACAACUGCACUGGACUUCAAGGAUUCCUGGUUUUUAACGCUGUUGGUGGGGGCACUGGUUCUGGUCUUGGCUCUCUCCUUUUGGAGCGCUUGUCUGUUGACUAUGGCAAGAAAUCAAAGCUUGGUUUCACAAUUUAUCCCUCUCCUCUGGUUUCCACCUCUGUUGUUGAACCAUACAACAGUGUUCUCUCAACCCACUCCCUCCUUGAACAUACAGAUGUUUCUGUACUUCUUGACAACGAGGCCAUUUAUGAUAUCUGUAGACGCUCCCUUGACAUUGAGCGACCCACAUACACAAAUUUAAACCGUCUCAUCUCUCAGGUGAUUUCAUCCCUUACUGCCUCUUUACGAUUCGAUGGAGCUCUAAAUGUGGAUGUAACAGAGUUCCAAACGAAUUUGGUUCCUUACCCAAGAAUCCACUUCAUGCUUUCCUCCUAUGCCCCAGUGAUCUCUGCAGAGAAGGCAUACCACGAACAACUCUCUGUAGCAGAAAUCACCAACAGCGCUUUCGAGCCAUCUUCCAUGAUGGCCAAGUGCGAUCCUCGCCAUGGAAAGUACAUGGCUUGCUGUCUGAUGUACCGAGGAGACGUUGUGCCAAAGGACGUCAAUGCUGCUGUUGCCACCAUCAAAACCAAGCGCACAAUCCAGUUCGUGGACUGGUGCCCCACCGGUUUCAAGUGCGGCAUCAACUACCAGCCGCCGACGGUGGUUCCAGGUGGCGAUCUGGCCAAAGUGCAGAGGGCAAUCUGUAUGAUCUCGAACUCCACAAGCGUGGCGGAGGUGUUCUCUCGCAUCGAUCACAAGUUCGACCUAAUGUAUGCAAAGAGGGCAUUUGUGCAUUGGUAUGUUGGGGAGGGCAUGGAGGAGGGAGAGUUCUCUGAAGCUCGUGAGGAUCUUGCGGCCCUUGAGAAGGAUUAUGAGGAAGUGGGGGCUGAGUCUGCUGAAGGUGACGACGACGAUCAGGAGGAGUACUGAGAUGAGGAGAGAGGUAACCCAAUUCUUGUAAUGGGUUAGUGCUUGAGUUUGUGUUGUGUGUGUGUUGUGUUGUGUUGUGUUUGUUUUCUUCUUGUUUUCGUUGUUUUUGUGCAGUCUAUGGUAGGGGACUUAGUUGUGUGUCGAGUGUAGUUGGUAGGCACACUAAGCAUUGUUGAUAAAUCCAUAGUGUUUCCAUUUGAUGGAAAUUUUCUGAAAUUUGCAUAUUUGUUGUGAUUUGUUUAGGAUGUGAUCUUGUUGGUUCCGAUUCUUUAUGGAAAUUUUGAUGGGUAAGUUUGAGUGA